CGCGAGACACGGCGCGCGUCCAUCGUCCACGAUGGCCUUCGUCAUGUCCGCUCAGACUGUCAUGCCCACGGUCGGCGUGCGCGCGCGCGCCAACGCGCCGCGCGCGGCGCCGACGCGCGCGGUCGCCGCGCUCCCGGAGAUGACCGGCAUGAGCGCACACUCGCUCGGACUCCGCCGCGACGGCUCGGAAGGCGUCGCGUCGUUCGGCGUCGAGGCGGGCGGAAAGUGGUUCAUGAUCUCUCACGGGAAGAAGGUCGCGCGCCUGCACCGCCCCGCGGACCAGAGGAAGGCGCUCCUCCGCAACCUCACCACCGACCUGCUCAGGUACGGACGCAUCACGACGACGAUGGCGCGCGCGAAGGCGAUGCGUAAGCCCGUGGAGCACAUCAUCAAGCUCGGCGUGGACGGCGGGGAGCACAAAAAACGCCAGGCGGAGGCGUACGUGUUCGAUAAAGAUCUCGUCGCCGCCGUGUUCGAGGCUGCCCCGGGGAGGUACGGCGAUAGGCCGGGCGGUUACACGCGGAUCGUUCGCACGCUGCGCAGGCGCGGGGACAACGCGGAGAUGGCGAUCAUCGAGCUCGUGUGAUGGCCGUCACGGUAGCGCGUCUGAUUUGAAGUAACGAUUCGAUUCGACGCGAUUGAUUUGGCGGGGGUUAAUUAAUUAGAGCGCGUCCGGGGCGGGAGGUGGACAUCUCUCGUCCCGGACGCGACGAGUGCGCGGCGCGGCGUGUGUACAGACGAGGUAGACGCCGAGAUGAGAUGAUUAUUAGAAGGCUCGUGCGCGAUAUUGUAUUAAACAAUCGAGACGGCCUGUUGCU